CUUUCAAGUCAAUCUCUUGCAUUGAAACUUGUUUGACAUUUUCUUCCUGCUGAUUAUUCCAAUCCACUUCCUACCAGUUGGACUUUCUAAAAUCAUCUCCAAUCCCAUUUAAUACCCACCGCCGCGUGCCACCACCGUUCCUCGCCGUCUCCUCCGCCACAUUGUUCCUCACGCGCAUGAAAUGGCGUGAAACGUCUCACCCCGCAAGACCAAAAGUCUCCAACAAAAGAACAUUUCUCACCAAACUGAAGAGAAAGUGCAUUUUUUCUUCAAAUCUCUUCUUCUCCCUCUAACAAACUCUUUCUCUUUCUCUCACUACAGAUACUCCCGUUAAUGGAGAACUCGAGAAAAAGUCAAGGAAACGAAAACCCAUCUCUAAUGUCUCCCCCCAGUUCCAGCAGCUCCAUCAGCGGCAAUGGCGGCGGCCAGCCACUUCCGUCGCCGCCGCCGGUUCCGCCCAUUACCAGAUCCGAACCCAGUAACCUGUACCCGACUACCUUCGUCCAGGCUGACACAUCCUCCUUCAAGCAAGUGGUCCAAAUGCUCACCGGACACUCCGAAACGGGUAAAGUCGCGGGUUCAGCCAGGCCCGAACCUACCCGUAACCCAAUCCCGGUCGUCAAAACCGGACCUAAGAAGGAAAAAUCCGGUUCCAAGCUUUAUGAGCGGAGAAACAGCCUUAAGAGCUUCAAAAUCAACCCGUUAGCCCCGGGGUUCGCAGCCAAAUCCGGGUUUGGAGCAGGGCUAUCGGGCUCUCCCAGAUUCGGGACUUCCGAGCUACUGUCGCCGAGCAUGCUUGAUUUUCCGUCGCUUGUCCUGAGCCCGGUGACGCCUCUGAUACCCGACCCGUUUAACAGGUCCCCGCAAAACACGGUGAGUCCUGAGAAUCUGAACAUGGAAGCGGAAGAGAAGGCAAUAGCGAGAAAAGGGUUUUAUUUUCAUCCGUCGCCGGCGACUACUCCGAGGGAUAUGGAGCCCCGACUGCUGCCUCUCUUUCCGGUGACCUCCCCUAGAGUUUCAGGUUCUGCAAAUUCUAAUUCUUGAACGACCUUUUUUGUUGUUUACUUAAUUUUUAGGCCAAUUUCAAGUGAAUGUAUUAUUAUAAUCUUAAUCACAUGUAAACACCACAUGUAUGUGAGAAUUGGAUUUACUGAGCCAAGAAUGUUAUGAUAUUAUUAUUAUUAUUAUUACAGGGAAA